UCCCCCGACGUAAACUGGGAUCCCUUUCCCCUUGUGUCCGCCAUAUUGGACUCUAACUCUGGUCAGCCGCGGCGCCGGGACUGUGGACUCGCGGUUCCUCCCGCCUAGCGGCCUGCCCCGCAUCUCCCGCCCGCCCCAGCCCUCCCCGACCCGGACGCGACCCCGCGCAGCGCCCCCCGGCUGGCCGGAGCGCCCGCCGCCGCCGCCGCCUCAGCCUCCCCGCCUUCCCCGCCCUCCGCCGCCGCCCGCGGCCCCCGCGCCCGCUCUGCGCCCCUCUCCCCGCCCGCCAUGAGCCCAGCCGACGCCAAGCGCGGGGCCAAGCGCCGGAAGAACAAGCGGGGCGGCGGCGGCGGCUCCAGCGGGGGUAACGGCGGCGCGAGCAGCGGCAAGGCCGGCCCGGCGGCGGCGCUGCGCGGCUCCCAGGCCGCGGGCCUGGCGGCCCCGGGCAGCGCAGCAGGCCUGGUGGGCGGCGCGGCGGCGGCCAACGGGCCUCUCGGCGCGGGCGCGAGCGCGGGCGGCGCCGCCCCCGGAGGCUACUUCGAGACUCCUUUUAGUUUUGGCAUGAAUCAUAGGACACCACCCUACCCCGCUGGGGAUUAUUGUCUUCUGUGCAGAAGUGAACGGAAAGACUCCUCAUUCUUAGAGAGUGGAAUUAAGACUGCGAGCAAAUUGGCCCUUUCCAUGGCUCCCAAGGGCAACAGCGUGCUGCACCUGCCGCUAUGGGUGUGCCCGGACUGCCGCAGGACUGUGGAGAAGGAAGAGAGGCAUGGCGGCCUUGACCAGCCAGUGAGCCAAGAUUUUCUUCUUCACUCCUCGCUUGGUGGCUCCCAGCCAGAGGCCGGCAGUGGUGGGAGGCUCGCUCUGGGCGCACAGACGCUGCCUUCAGACACCGCAUGCUCGUGCGAGGCCUGCAGUGAGCGCAGAGAAAUUUCGGCAGAGGCGGACCGGGAACCUCAGCAGCUGCAGAACUACUGGUCAGAAGUGCGCUACACGGUGCGCUGCAUCUACCGCCAGGCAGGAACCCCGCUGGCAGAUGACCAGGACCAGUCUCUGGUGCCUGACAAGGAGGGAGUGAAGGAGCUCGUGGAUAGGCUCUGCGAGAGGGACCCCUACCAGCUGUACCAGCGUCUGGAACAGCAAGCUCGAGAGUAUGUGCUGGAGAUGAAGGUCCGCCUGCUCCGGCAGCUGUCGGCUGCGGCCAAGGUGAAGGCACCAUCUGGCCUGCAGGGCCCACCGCAAGCGCACCAGUUCAUCUCCCUCCUGCUUGAGGAGUACGGCGCCCUCUGCCAGGCCGCACGCUCCAUCAGCACCUUCCUUGGCACUCUGGAAAAUGAACACUUGAAAAAGUUCCAAGUGACAUGGGAACUGCAUAAUAAACACCUGUUUGAAAAUCUGGUCUUUUCGGAACCACUUCUUCAGAGCAACUUGCCUGCACUGGUGUCACAGAUCAGGCUAGGAACCACCACACACGACACCUGCAGUGAGGACACAUACAGUACCUUGCUGCAGAGGUACCAGCGCUCCGAGGAGGAGCUGCGCAGAGUCGCCGAGGAGUGGCUGGAGUGCCAGAAGAGGAUCGACGCCUAUGUUGACGAGCAGGACCUUCAGACCAGUGUGAAUAAGAGCAUUGAUACUGGCACCCUUGUCCAGUCCUGGCUUCGAGGGGCUGCUAUGACAAUGAAAACCAAGCAGCGCAUGUUAACAGAAGACUGGGAGCUUUUUAAACAAAGAAGAUUCAUUGAAGAACAGUUAACCAAUAAGAAAGCAGUUACUGGCGAGAACAACUUCACAGACACCAUGAGGCACAUGUUGUCGUCCCGGCUGAGCAUGCCCGACUGCCCCAACUGCAACUACAGGAGAAGAUGUGCUUGCGAUGACUGCAGUCUCUCACACAUCCUCACUUGUGGUAUCAUGGACACCCCCGUCACUGAUGACAUCCACAUUCACCAGCUCCCACUUCAAGUGGAUCCUGCUCCCGACUAUCUUGCUGAGAGGAGCCCGCCCAGUGUGUCAUCUGCAAGCUCGGGGUCCGGCUCCAGCUCUCCCAUCACAAUUCAGCAGCACCCCAGGCUCAUCCUCACAGACAGUGGCUCGGCACCGACUUUUUGUAGUGAUGAUGAAGAUGUUGCACCAUUGUCAGCCAAAUUUGCUGAUAUUUAUCCAUUGAGUAAUUAUGAUGAUACCGAGGUGGUGGCCAACAUGAAUGGAAUCCACAGCGAAUUGAAUGGUGGCGGGGAAAACAUGGCCCUGAAGGAUGAGUCUCCUCAGAUAAGCAGUACCAGCAGUAGUUCUUCAGAAGCUGAUGAUGAAGAAGCAGACGGCGAGAGUAGUGGGGAGCCCCCAGGGGCCCUGAAGGAAGAUGGAGUGCUGGGAAGCAGGAGCCCCAGGACAGAGGAGAGCAAAGCAGAGAGUCCACCCCCAUCCUACCCAACACAGCAGGCUGAACAAGCUCCAAACACUUGUGAAUGUCAUGUUUGUAAGCAAGAAGCUUCUGGACUGACACCAUCUGCAAUGACAGCCGGAGCCCUUCCUCCUGGCCAUCAGUUCCUGAGCCCAGAGAAGCCCACACACCCUGCACUGCACCUUUACCCUCACAUCCAUGGACAUGUGCCUUUGCACACUGUUCCACACCUGCCACGCCCUCUCAUCCACCCCACCUUGUAUGCAGCGCCCCCCUUCACACACAGUAAGGCUUUACCGCCAGCACCUGUUCAGAAUCACACAAAUAAGCAUCAGGUAUUCAAUGCAUCUCUUCAAGACCAUAUUUAUCCGAGCUGUUUUGGGAAUACUCCAGAGUGGAAUAGUUCUAAAUUUAUAAGUCUUUGGGGAUCAGAAGUGAUGAAUGAUAAGAACUGGAAUCCUGGCACUUUCUUGCCAGAUACAAUUUCUGGGAGUGAAAUAUUAGGGCCAACACUCUCAGAAACAAGACCGGAAGCCCUUCCACCUCCAUCUAGCAAUGAAACACCUGCAGUCUCGGAUAGUAAAGAGAAAAAGAAUGCUGCAAAAAAGAAAUGUUUAUACAAUUUCCAAGAUGCUUUUAUGGAAGCAAAUAAAGUUGUCAUGGCCACCUCAUCAGCCACGUCCUCUGUGUCCUGCACAGCUACCACAGUGCAGUCCAGCAACAGCCAGUUCAGAGUGUCAUCCAAGAGACCUCCUUCAGUAGGUGAUGUGUUUCAUGGCAUCAGCAAGGAGGACCACAGACACUCGGCCCCAGCUGCCCCGAGGAACAGCCCCACGGGCUUGGCCCCCCUCCCAGCGCUCUCGCCUGCCACGCUGUCACCUGCUGCACUCUCACCUGCCUCCACACCUCACCUUGCAAAUCUUGCAGCACCAUCAUUCCCCAAAACAGCAACCACAACUCCCGGGUUUGUGGACACACGCAAGAGUUUCUGUCCUGCGCCCCUGCCCCCGGCCACAGACGGCUCCAUUAGCGCCCCUCCAAGUGUCUGCAGUGACCCUGACUGCGAAGGGCACCGCUGCGAGAAUGGUGUCUACGACCCACAGCAGGAUGAUGGGGAUGAGAGUGCAGAUGAGGACAGCUGCUCUGAGCACAGCUCCAGCACCUCGACCUCCACCAACCAGAAGGAGGGCAAGUACUGCGACUGCUGCUACUGCGAAUUCUUUGGGCACGGCGGGCCUCCAGCUGCACCAACAAGUAGAAAUUAUGCAGAAAUGAGGGAAAAGCUUCGCUUACGGCUGACCAAGAGGAAAGAAGAGCAACCUAAAAAAAUGGACCAGAUCUCAGAAAGGGAAAGCGUCGUUGACCAUCGGAGGGUGGAGGAUUUGUUGCAGUUUAUAAAUAGCUCCGAAACCAAACCAGUGAGCAGCACGCGUGCAGCGAAGCGAGCAAGGCAUAAGCAAAGGAAGCUGGAGGAGAAAGCUCGCCUAGAAGCAGAGGCCAGGGCCCGGGAGCACUUGCACCUCCAGGAGGAGCAGAGGCGGCGGGAGGAGGAGGAGGAGGAGGAAGAAGAGGAGGAUCGUUUCAAGGAGGAAUUUCAGCGGCUUCAGGAGCUUCAGAAGCUAAGAGCUGUAAAAAAGAAGAAGAAGGAGAGGCCAAGUAAAGACUGCCCCAAGUUGGACAUGCUCACUAGAAAUUUCCAGGCAGCAACAGAGUCUGUCCCUAACUCUGAAAACAUCCACAAUGGCUCACUAGAGCAAACUGAAGAACCAGAAACCUCUUCUCACUCCCCGUCCAGGCAUAUGAACCACUCAGAGCCCAGGCCAGGGCUAGGGGCUGCUGGGGAUGCUGCAGACCCCGUCGACACCAGAGACUCCAGAUUUCUCCUCCCCAAGGAGGUGAAUGGAAAGCAGCAUGAGCCACUCUCUUUUUUCUUCGACAUCAUGCAGCACCAUAAAGAGGGAAAUGGCAAGCAGAAGCUGAGGCAGACGAGCAAGGCCAGCAGCGAGCCAACGAGGAGGCCCACAGAGCCCCCCAAGGCCACAGAGGGGCAGCCCAAGCCCCGGGCCCAGACUGAGUCAAAGGCUAAGGUGGUCGACCUCACGUCCGUCACAGAGCAGAAAAGAGAGGAGAGAAAAGUCAACAGUAAUAACAAUAACAAAAAGCAGCUGAACCACAUCAAGGAUGAAAAGUCAAACCCAACCCCUAUGGAGCCCACCUCUCCCGGCGAGCAUCAGCAGAACAACAAGCUGGUGCUGGCAGAGUCCCCUCAGCCAAAGGGCAAGAACAAGAAAAAUAAGAAGAAGAAAGGAGACAGAGUCAACAAUUCAAUUGGUGGAGUCUCACUCUGUCAUCUAGGCUGGAGUACAGUGGCGCAGUCUCGGCUCACUGCAUCAUCCACCCCCCAGGUUGAAGCAGUUCUCCCACCGCAGCCUCCCAAGUAGCUGAAAUUACAGGCAUGUGCCACCAUACCCGGCUAAUUUUUGUAUUUUUAAUAGAGAUGAGGUUUCACCAUGUUGGCCAGACUGGCCUUGAACUCCUGACCUCAAGUGAUCUGCCCACCUUGGCCUCCCAAAGUGCUGGGAUUACAGGUGUGAGCCACCGUGCCUGGCCUCAAUGCUUUGUUUUAAUCAUUACACCCAGUGUUACAGUGAGUACUUGUGUGCGUAUGUAUUUCCAUAUUGUUUGGAGGUGUUUCCUUGGAGCACUUUCCCAGAAGGGAGAGGGCUGGGUCAAAAGGUAAGUGUGUUCCCGGUGUGGUGGCUCACGCCUGUAAUCCCAACACUUUGGGAAGCCAAGGCAGGAGGAUUACCUGAGGCCAGGAACUUAAGACCAGCCUGGGCAAUGUAGCAAGACCCCAUCUCUACUUAAAAAAAAAAAAAAAAAAAAAAGACACAUAUCUGGGCGUAGUGCUGCACGCCUGUAUUCCCAGCUACUUGGGAGGCUGAGGCAGGAGAAUCGCUCGAGCCCAGGAGUUUGAGGCUGCAGUGAGUCAUGAUUGCACCACUGCACUCCAGCCUGGGUGACAGAGUGAGACCCUGUCUCUUAAAAUUUAAAGCAGCCGGGCACAGUGGCUCACGCCUAUUAUCCCAACAUGUUGGGAGGCCGAGGCAGGCGGAUCACGAGGUCAGGAGAUCGAGACUAUGCUGGCCAACAUGAAACCUCGUCUCUACUAAAAAUACAAAAAUUAGUUGGGCGUGGUGGCGCGCGCCUAUAAUCCCAGCUACUCGGGAGGUUGAGGCAGGAUAAUCGCUUGAACUGGAGAGGUGGAGGUUAACAGUGAGCCGAGAUCACACCACUGCACUCAACAGAGUGAGACUCCAUCUCAAAAAAAAAAAAAAAAAAAUUAAGGCUGGGCAUGGUGGCUCACAUCCAUCAUCCCAGCAUUUUGAGAGGCCAAGGCAGACAGAUCACUUGAGGUCAGAAGUUCGAGGCCAGCCUGGCCAACAUGUGGAACCCCCGUCUCUACUAAAAAUACAAAAAUUAGCUGGGUGUGGUGCCACUCACCUGUAGUCUCAGCUACUGGAGACACUGAUGCAGGAGGAUCAUCUGAGCCUGGGAGGCGGAAGUUGCAGUGAUUCAAGAUCACGCCACUGCAUUCCAGUGUGGGCAACAGAGCAAGACCCUAUCUCAAAAAAACAUAAAAAUAAAAAUGUUUAAAAAGGUAAGUGCUUUCAUAGUUUUUUUGCUAGCUAUGUCCAAGUUCUCCAAACCCUCCAGUCAGCCCACCCACCAGCAGCAUCUGAGUGCCUGUUUGGCCACAGCCUUGCUUACAGAGUAUGUUGUCAGGCUUUUUAACUUUUGCCAAUCCAUUAGCUACAGUAAGCCCUCAGUGUAGUUUUCAUUUGCAUUUUUCUCUAAUUACAAUGAGAUCAAUAUAUUAUUAAGGGCUAUUUCUUUUUGUG